GCGCAGCCGCUCCGCCGUAGAGCAGCGUAAGAGAAGUGGCGAUGGGGGAGGAGCGCGGCGCACAACGCACGCGCCGGAGGAGGCGCAGUUCGUACGAGAGCGCCCGGUGAGGCGUGCGCAUGCGUAUGCGCAAUUGAAUAGAGGUGGCCGUUGUAGUGCGUGGCGCAGAGUGCGUAGUCACAGUAGUUCGGGGGCCGACGGCGGUCGGCAUGGAGCGGGAGCUGCAGGAGGAGGAGGAUGAUGACUUCGCGCUGGCGCUGCAGCUCCAGGAGCUGUGGGAGGCGGACGGGGAGGCGUCGGCGGUGGCGUGUAUAGAGGCCCCACCGGAUCCCGCGUCCCUCAGCCCGCUGUCGGUGGUGGAUGAAGCCUGGGAGCUGCUGGACCCCAGCCCCGACGUGUACGGCCUCUUCGUGCAGUUCAACGAGACGCUCUUCUGGGGGCGGCUGGCGGCUGUGGAGGUGUCCUGGAGCCCGCGCAUGACUCUGUACGGCCGGUGGGGGAGAGGGAGGGAGGUGGGGCUGGGAGCCCACAGGCCCCGCUGCGGGGUUUCUGCCCCCUCCUCUGCUGGUGGG